GGAUUUGUUUCUUGGUUUUAGCUACCUUUUGAUGUUCUUUCUAUUGACAUAUGGUGAUUUAAGUUAUCCACUUCCCGCGAUACAUUCAUAUUUAGCUUACGAAUAUCGUCCGAAGCGAUCUACUAAUGAUCACUACUCUAUACCCAUUGGAACAAAACUUCCCAUUCGAAUCUCACUGCACCUCAUCAACAUGCCCGUUAUCGAUUCCAAAAAAUACGCCUGCGAGCCAUGUAUCCGCGGGCAUAGAGCAACAAAAUGUUCGCAUACCACUCGACUACAAGUUUUAGUACGGAAGCCCGGACGUCCUAUGCAGAAUUGUGCACACGAGUUUGGGGCAUGUGUUUGUGGGAGAAUAGGUGAAGUCGGGGAGGAUUGGGGUGCUGAUGGUGAUGGUCCCAAAGAGAUGUCGAAAUCGGUCGGUUAUGACGCGAGAGAAACUUCUAAUGUCAUUGCUAUUAUGGGAUCGGUAGAGUCCCGAAAGAACGUCUUGAAGACUAAGAGCAAAAAGGAGAAGGAGAAAGUGAAGAAGGGUGGAACAAGUGAUGUCCAAAAGAGCAAAGUCAAGAAAAGAGCGAAAGGUCCCACAUCAUCAUCUCAAAGCAACUCAUGUCCACCUUCGAUAUGUAAAGUGUCGGGCCAGCAAGAAGUGAUAGAACACAGCAGCGACAUCCAACCGGAAUCUAUCGAUGUCCUCGACCCAACAUAUCCAAAAAUACCCAUCCCCAGCUCCACAUCCAUACCCACUAUAUCGAACUUCCUCCCUACCAUCACAACACUGAUUCCCCAAGUGCAAGAUCAUACUAUCCUUAGCUCCCAGAUGCUGUAUAAUGAUCAAUCACCGACUUUGAUCUUCCAUCAACAUCAGAAUGAUCAGGCGAGUCUUAGAACACCUUUCUCGACUCCAUUCUUGCGAUAUUAGUGAACAAGAUUUCCAAACAAUACAAACUGAACAAUAUCGGUUACUUUCCAGGAUAGAGUCAUGCAAAAGGAAAUAAGAAUUGAAUGUGAA